UCGGCGCGGAGUGUGGGGUGCUCUCCCCACACGUGGGAGUGGGUAAGACAGAUAAUCCGCCCCUUAGAGGAAAAGGCACGAGUUGCUGUCAUGCUACAGGAGAGAAAUCCGAAGCGAGAAAGAAAGCAAGGGUGGGAGAAAGGGGGAGCUGCAAGUGAAGAGGAGCCCCACAGAUUAGCCCUGAACCAAGGAGACCCAGCGCCGGGCUCUGGAUCUGACUCUUUGCUCAGCUUACAGUGAGCAAGAACAAUGCCGGGCGGCCUGGAGAAGGCGUGUCAUCAGUGCAUCUCUAAAAUCGCCAGCAAUGCCUGCUUCAUUCUCGCGCUCAUGGCUCUCCUGGUCCUGCCGCUGUCCAUGGCCUUCACAGGAAUGAAGUUUUUGGAGGACUGCCCCAUACAGCCUCUCAUUCCCUUAUAUUUGCUAGUGGGUGGGAUCAUCGGUGCCUUAAAGGUGUCUCUCUUGCUGUAUGACUCCACCAGGAUGAGGCGGCUUCUGUCUAAGGCUCUGGUGAUUGAUGACGACGAUGACGAUGAGUAUCCCUGGAGACAGAACGCGCACAAAUACUACAUCCAUCUCAUCCUCAGCCUCUUCCUCUUCCUCUGGUUUAUUCUGGGGAAUUACUGGGUCUUCUCUGUGUACCUGCCUGACUUUAUUCCCCCUUUCCAGCAGCCCCAGGCAUACUGUGACAAAACCCUGUACCUCUUUGCAGUAGGGGUCCUGGUGCUCAGUCACACUGUGCUGAUCUUACUGGUCCUGUGCAGCGGUUGUGUCUAUGUGUGUUCCAGGUGGAGAUUUGCUGGUGAUGAAGACUGACAGCCACUCCUCCCAGCGUGUGCACACAUAGACACACAUGCACAAUUUGGGGAGAAAAGCAUGCUAGUGAGUCAAUAGAACCUUCCACACGGGCAUUUCAGAAACUAACAAAAAUGCACUGAAGGAGUCUACCAGACUAAAGAGAAUCUUGCCUGCCUGGAUGUGGGGAAAGUAUUUUGACUCUUCUUUGGGUGAGAAUUUGUACUCAUGAGUUUUCAAAGGAUGUUUCUUUGGAGGGGAGGAGAUGAGGAGUGCUAAGGAAGGGUGAUCUUUUUCAAUCACAGGGCAAUUCCAAGCCCUGUGGCAAGGUUUGCUGUUGUUACUGUUGCUACUGCUGAGCUCAUUCAGCCACCAGCACUGCAGAGUGGUAGGAAAGAUGCCCAUUAAUAACUCCAACUGCCUUUUGUGAUAGUUAAGAAGUCAGGAUAUCCCCAACCCCAGAUCAAAAGGUUUGAUCUGAUAACUGAGGACAUCCUAAGGGCAGUUAUACAAUCUGCAAGUUCAAGGAAUAGAUUCCACAGAGGGGCUCUGGCUGGUCUGCCAGGGGACCUUGCAGUGAGCAGUGUCCCUCUCAUCUUCAUUUCUGGAUGCUGCUACUGUAUGUUCUGUGCUCGGCAUGGAGUCCAUUUCUAUUCCUGGUAAUCUGUGUGCUUUGUGGACAGUUCCAUGUCGUAAACUGGUCUUGCAGCUGAGCAUGGUGGCGUGCACCUGUAAUCCCAGUGGUUCAGGAGGCUGAGGCAGGAGGAUUGCAAGUUCAAAGCAGCCUUAGCAACUUAGGGAGGCCCUAAGCAAUUCAGCGAGACCCUGAUUCUAAAUAAAAUAUGAAAAGGGCUCAGUGGCUGAGUGCCCCUGAGUUCAAUCCCUGGUACCAAAAAAAAAAAAAAACCCACAAAAUCUGGCCAGGUUACAUGAAUUAAGGUGCCAUUAGUGCAGGUGCUUUGGGUUUCUGAGUUUAUUUCACAGCCGUUCUUCUGUUUAAUGACAGAGUCAGCUUGGGAAGCUUUUUCUAAUUUAAUCAUCUGGAAGUCUAGAAUGAUACCAAACAGCAACCCCUAGCAUCCCAUCUUGCUGCUGUCCUUGUAACAUGAAGUUCCUGGGAGCCUCGGUACCAGAUUAGCAAGUGGGUAGUUUCUCCUGUGGAAGGCACUCUUUCAAAUUUUCUUUUUUCUUUAUUUAUUUUCGGGUUCUAGGGAUGAACGUGGGGGUGUUUUAUUUUACCAUUGAGCUUUUCAUUUUUUAUUUCAAGACAGGAUCUUACAAAGUCACCCGUCACCUGAGCUGACCUCAGACUUGUGAUCCUCCUGCCUCAACCUCCUGAGUCCUUGGGACUGCAGGCCUAUAUACCACAGCACUUGGCUUACUUGAGAAUUUUCAAUGAAGACACUGUCGUGGGUGUUAUUAGGGAAAGCACCCAGACAGAGCACAGCAACUGCUUAACUGUGCUUGUAUCUCAGUUUAUCUCUCUGUGGUGCCAAGCUGCUUUCUUUUUUCUUUCUUUUUUGGUGUGUCUGUGUGUGUCGGGAACGGCAGGUGGGGGCUGCUUUAUAAUCAAACCAAGCCCCAGUAGCCAUCAAUGUAAGGCACCAGCCUGUCUCAGAAGUGUGAGCUCAAACCAAGAGGCACACUCUUCUCCAUGGCUUUAAGAGAAAAGAGACUGUGAGUGCCAAGGAAGCUUCCCAUUUGAGUUUGGAAGGACUCUCCAAGGAUCUGUCCCCUGGAGUCACCUUUGAUCCACAUUUCUCCCAGGCGAGAAGGUGCAUAGUGCGCCCUCUGCUGGGAAAAAGGAGAACAGUCCUUAUUCUGCCCCAUCCCUCAGGGCAGUUACUGUUUUCCCGUGAGCUACUGAGGACAGUAAGGUGUGCAGCUUGCAGAUCCUGCAUCAUCUGUACAGAUGCAGACCUGAUUCCGUCCUUAUUGUGUCUCAAGUCGAGGGCUGAGACAGACUCUGGGCUCAGACACAGGGCAGGUAGGUGUUCCAUGCCCCACUACCAGGGGGUCUCAGCCACUCCCAGUCACUUAGCCAAUGUUUGGACACAAACAAAGCUGAAAGCCAACAGAACCCAUAUCAAAGCUCAAUCCAGGCCACACAUCCACCAGUACUUUCCUUCAUGUCCCUGAUGCUAAUUCCUGUGCAGAAACUUUUAAAGAAUAUUCAGGUUCCAUCUUAAAAUAAUAAGCCAAGGCCACAUAGACAAUUUUAAAAAAAGCCAAUUUGGUACUCAUUUUUUUUUUUUGUUCUCUCCUGUUUGCUUCAGUUAGAAGCUUGCUUAUGUUUGCUUAUGUUGGAAAUGACUCUGAGGUUUCAAGAGAGUAUUGAGGUGGAAUUCACACCCCUCUGGGUCACGGAUAGAGGGAGGAAAUGACUGGACUGUGAUUGACCCAUCCUGGUGGUGUCUCCUGAAUACUGAGGGCCAAGCAAGUAGAAUUUCUCCCACUCAUAUCCCAGCACUGCCCUUGCCUUUCUGUGAAGCUAAGACAUUCUGCUGGGCCUUGUGCAUGACUCACAUGGAGUCUGCCCAGAAGAAGGGUAUGGAAGGACAGGAUGCACAGUUGACCCCUUCAUCCAGAGGAGAGGCCACCACUGACUCGCCCUAAUCUAUGAACAUCAAAGACCUGAGCCUCUGGAGCCCCAAGCUACUCCCUCGUGAAUGCUUCUGAGGCUGCUGCCACUGGAGUUUGACAAAGAUGCAAAGAGAUUGUGGAAAAUCAUAGCUAUAAAAAUGGCUGUUGAUUGGGCACAGAGAGAGACACCUGGGAGGCUGAGGCAGGAGGAUCACAAGUUCAAGGACAACCUGGGCAACACCACAAGACCAUGAAUGAAUGAAUGAAUGAAUAUUUGUUUGCAGAUGGCAGAUAUGGGCUACUGUUUUGGUUCCAUGAGUAGUGCCCUGUUUCAAAUGUUGGACAUUCCCAGUUUCUGGUAGACCUGGAUACUCCUGGAGUAUUGCAGAGUCUUUAUAUUGAUAUAAAUGCUUUAUCAAAUACACCCGUUAAAGUGGAAAACUGGGGGCUGGGAUUGUGGCUCAGCGGUAAAGCGCUCGCCUAGCAUGUGAGAGCCCCAGGUUCGAUCCUCAGCACCACAUUAAAAAAAAAGAAUAAGUAAAUAAAAUAAAGUUUAAAAA